ACCGAAAAUUCAUUCAACUUCAGUCACCGAAAGGCUGUUGUUUAGAUUGUAGGGUUGUUAAAAAUUAAAUAUUCAACGAAAAUGUUUUAGGAUAAGAAUCUUCAAUUAAAAUAACCGAAGGGCGAUAAAUAUAACUAAUUGUUUAAUUUAUUUUAACAGAGGUACUUUAGUGUAACAGUGAUACUUCAUUGCGAAGAAGUUUACACAUGAAUAGCACCAUGUGCUUGUGAAAUAGAAGAAUAAUUUUACAACUCCGUCAAUUUAUGUAACUUCAAGAUGGAUUCAGGGCCAAAAGAAAAUUCAGAUUUGCUUAAAGCAAAUGGGAAUCCUAAUCAUGAAGAGCCCAGAGGUCCUCCCGACGGCGGAAUACGAGCAUAUUCGGUUAUGGUUGCUUCGUUCCUCACAAAUGGCCUUAUCUUCGGCGUCAUAAAUUCAUACAGCGUGGUAUACACUGUUCUAGAAGCGAAUUUGGAAAAACAAGGAGUUUCUAACUCCGAAAGUCGAGCUGCUCUGGUGGGCGCUCUCACCAUGGGAACCACAUUCUUUCUAUCGCCACUAUCUGGCGUACUGACCGGCGUGUUAGGACUUCGCUUAACUGCAAUUUUGGGAGGCAUCAUUUCUUCUAUCGCCAUGCUUUUAUCUUCUUUCUUUGUCUAUAAUGUAGGAGUUUUGUAUUUCACAUACGGAUUUAUGUUUGGGUUAGGGGCGUCUUUCUCAUACACCCCUUCUUUGGCGAUUCUUGGCCAUUACUUUCGGAAGCGUUUAGGAUUUGUGAACGGAAUUGUUUGUGUGGGUAGUUCUAUUUUUACUGUCAUUAUGCCGCCAUUAAUGGAAUAUAUGAUAGAAAACCAUGGGCUGCCAUGGCUAUUCAGGCUCUUAGCUCUUUUAACGUCGGGCACUGCUAUAUGUGGCUUCAUAUUCAAACCUUCUCCAUCAAUGGUGGUUAAAAAAGUAAGAGAAGACGAUAGCUGGAAGUCGUUGUUAAAGUCUAUUAUAAAUGUACAGAUCUGGAAAAACAAGAAAUAUAGGUUCUGGGCACUUUCUAUGCCAAUAGCCUUGUUUGGAUAUUUUGUUCCUUACGUCCAUAUUAAAAAGUUUAUCGAGGGUAAUUUUGUUGAUGUUAAUGCUAAUUUACCUUUGCAAUGUAUAGCUUUUACUUCUGGCAUGGGAAGAUUAAUUUUUGGUUUCUUAGGCGAUAGACCAGGCAUUGAUAGAAUUUUGUUGCAACAAAUAUCUUUCUACGUAAUAGGGACCCUGACUAUUAUACUGCCUUUCGUUACUAACUUUGGCUUAUUGAUAGCGAUUGCUCUAGGUAUGGGAAUUUUUGAUGGCGCGUUUAUCGCGUUAAUAGGGCCCAUUGCAUUUGAGUUGUGUGGUGGCGCACACGCGGCGCAGGCCAUCGGUUGUAUGUUAGGUCUUGCCGCCACCCCGUUGUCCGUAGGUCCACCUGUGGCUGGAUACCUUUACAGCCUCAACGACUCAUACGUUUUGCCUUUCGUCCUUGCUGGCAUAUCUCCGUUGGUCGGCGCGAGUCUUAUGUUUGCAAUUCGUUUCAUAAGAACUCCUUCGAAUGAUGACACUAAUCGCCCAGCUUCAAGUGGCGUUGAUAAGCCAGGCCUGUUACUUAGAAAUGGAGCUGCAAAUCAGCAGACAAAUUUAUAACUAACUUCCAAGUUUUACUGAAGUGCGAUUUAAACGAAAUUCUAUGUUUCAAUAGUGUAGUCCAACAUCCAGUUAAGAAGCGGAUUACAACUAUUUAGAAGUGAGUAAGCCAUACAAUCCAUUUGGUAUAUAAUAUCAGAUGUGUACUGUGUAUCAUAGUGAUGAAUCAAUUGCAAGAAUUUAUUCAUCAUAUUUUCGUCAAUUUUACACACCAAACUAAAAAUUGCCUUAUUGACCAUUAAGUUUUAGCAUAGAGUUAAAAAAAGCGCACAGCGAGCAUUUCCAGACAUAUUAAUCAAUAGGUACUAGCUGUUGAAAUAUAACGAUGAUAGACUUUAAAUAUUUUAAGUUAAGAUUUAUAAAUUAUUUGGUAGCAAUAAGUUUUAGGGUCGACAAGUUUUUACAUAAAAUGCAUUUAAAAUACAUAAAUUGCAUAAUACCUACUAUGUACGUGUUGUCUUAGAUGGUUACCGUUGGAAGUUCCUAGUUUAGUUUUAAAAUGUUAGUGUUUUUUUAUGAUUGAUUAACUAUAUUAUUGUUAGCUAGGAGCACAGGAUUGAAAACGCCGACGGAAGCAUUGAAUACAUUCUUUGAAUUCAUUAGAUACGCCUACCAUAGACAAUAGUGACAUAGUUACCAAUCUGGUGAUUUCUCUCCAAUUAAAUAAUCUUGUGCUUUCAACAAUAUUUUUUCAGUGAAAGUUGUAAUGGUCUUCAUAAGUACAUUUGUUGACAUUACAUAAAUAAAUUAGUUUUUUAUGUCGUAUGUUAUAACAUGUUGGUACAUUUGUGUAGUGACAUAAUUUAUAAUGAAAUGUGAUACCGGACUCUUAUAAAACAAUCUAUUAUAUGCAUCGGAGAGACGUUGUAUAAAAUCGCUGAAACAAUGCCUAUUGCUCUAGUACUUUCGCUUGCCUUCAUGGAAAUGAUGCUCACACAUAAUACAGUUUUGAACUGUAUUUGUAGGUGUCUAUUUAGAAUGAAAUCUUAAAAAGCUUUAUACGUAGUUUCCGUCAAAUACUGCUUCUCUGAAGCUAGUUAUAAAGCCUCGGGCAUGCGCAGUAGGUAGUGUUUUGUUCACUCAUUUGAAGUCACUACUUUGAAGUACUAGCCAACUUCGGACAAGAAGACCUACUUGACGAGAACGAGAAUGUUUUGUUCACUCAUUUGAGUUCACUCAUUUGAAGUACUAGCCAACUUCGGACAAGAAGACCUACUUGACGAGAACAUUAGAAAAAAAAAUGUUUGGCGCCAAAUUCUCAAGUAGUAAUUUCUCCAAUGAAAACAGAAACGUAUGAAUAUUACAUAAAUUGUAUUGAAAGUUAAUCUGACAAAUAAAAACAGUGAAAGAAUCACGUGUAUAAUCUGAAUCUCGAUAAAGUAACAACAUUAGUUACGUUCACCGGAAUGUAUUGACGUAGUAAAUACCAAUGUAGGUAUUAUUGAAAUUUGACGAGCAGUUGCAUCAGAACUUGAAUUCUAGACAUACCGCUGACACAAUUUGAUAGUAUCAAUUAAUAGAAAAUAUUUUUUGAAAAAAGAUAGUAGGUAAUAGAAUGUGCAAUAGCUAGUGAAAUAACAAAUUAUUUUAUCUCAUUAUACUUUAUUUAGAAAAACGUAGUUUGUCUGGUUGCAAGUACUGAUUCGUGUUUAUAAAGACCUACCGAGCUAGAUCUGCAGUUUUUCAAAAUAGCAACUAAACUUAUUUUGGCCCUCACUAACAGUAUUUAAUGGGGAAAUUGUAUCACCCAUAAAUUGAAGUCAAAAUUAUCAGGCAUCAGUGGGUCUUUGAAAACUACGGAUAGGAAAUAUAUUCAGCCGCUUACAGUCUACGAAUUGUAAUAAUAUAGUACAGUCAGUUUCAAAAGUAGCUGAACAAAUCGCAAUUUUCAAAACUACUUGACACCCGUGUCUAUUUUUGAGAAGAUUAGGAUGUUUAGUAAAUUUGAGCGUGUGUUGUAAAGAAAAUAUGACCCUUUACGUUGUUAGGCACUUUUGAAAAUACUGAUUGUUCAACUACUUUUUACGCUGACCGUACCUACUUAGUUAGAAGUUUUUUAUAUUAUUGAAAUAAUUGUGGAAUUUGAUGUCAGGCUUCUUAUUUAUGUAUCUCUUUAUUUAAUAU